CUGUGUCAAACAUUUCGUCUUCUUCAGUUCGCAUACAAAACCAAUAUCAACCUGUCCCAAACCACCAAAAAGAAAAAUCAAAAAGAGAAAUAUUUUUUAAAUUAAGAAAUUAACUAGCUGGACUUGAUCGUUAACUCGAAGACUACAAGAUCAGAGCAAGAUCUGACAAAAUCAAACGCGGAGAGUUGACAUAAGUGGAACUGAUAGGUCGGUUGGUCGGAAGAGAAGUCAAGUCAACUGAAACAAAUGCCGGAGGAGGAUUUGGUUGAUAUAAAGUUCAGGUUGUACGAUGGGUCCGAUAUCGGUCCCUUCCGUUACUCGGCCACGUCAACGGUCGACAUGCUUAAGCAGAGAAUCGUCUCUGAUUGGCCCAAAGGUAAGACAAUUGUUCCUAAGGCAGUGAAUGAAGUCAAAUUGAUAAGCUCUGGUAAAAUUUUGGAGAAUAAUAAGACUGUUGGCCAGUGUAAAGUACCUUUUGGUGAUUUACCAGGGGGGUCCAUUAUAAUGCAUGUUGUUGUACAGCCAUCUCUAGCAAAAACAAAAACAGAAAAGAAGAUUGAUGAUUCACCAAGGAAAAUUGUCUGCUCAUGCUCCAUAUUGUGAAGGGAAAAAAUUAAGAGUUGGGGAAUUGUUUGCCUUGGUAUCAAUAUCUCUGUAUUGUGAAGGGAAAAAAUUAAGAGUUGGGGAAUUGUUUGCCUUGGUAUCAAUUAUCUCAGGUACAGAAAUGUUUCAUUUAAGUAUCAUCUAUUCGGUGUGGUUGUAUUCAUGUGUACAAGUGCUCGGUGGAGGCAAGAUUAUGAUUUAUCUUUUUCGUUUUUCUUUUAGAAGCUUGAAUUAUUGUAUUCAAAGCUGUAUAGGCUACUACAUGUAAAGACAAUCUCAAUGAAUGCUCAGAGAAAUGGCUGUGUUAAUGUUGA